UUUGAAUUGAAACAGAUCAGAUCAGCCCGAGUGAGUGCCAGUAGCCAUCCCGCUGCGAAUCUGCGAACCAUUCCGGAACACGCCCAGCAAAUCUGCGGACGCAACCGAGACACCACAAAUCUCCUCGGAAUCUAUGUCUUUGAAGACUCUUCUGUGUGGUUGGGUUUCCGGAUUUGUUUCGAAAUCGGGGAAGAAUUUAUGGUCAUGGUGAAGAUAGUUUCAGCUGGGAAAUUGGACUGGUGGCGUGUUUUGGUUCAGCAAUCAGGAGAGGGACGUAGGUUGAGAUCCUUCUGGAGCUUCCGGGAGUGCUAUGAAUUAGAAGAUCUUUUGUCGACGGAUAGUGGUUGAAGCUCCCUUAAGUUACUUGCGGUUCCUUGAGGUGGUCUAGCGGAGGUCGAAGCUAAUGUAGCGGUUUUGAAGACCAGAGUUCGUGUCGUGAUGGCUUAUGGGUUGUGUUUAGAUUCUGCCUCUUGAUCGAUUGUCGGAGGACAGGCGUUCCACAGUUGAAUUGUAAUAUACAGGGAUUGCUAAAGCAUUGAGAUCGUAUGGCGGGGGGUGUAAAGGACCAUGAGUAACGUAUUGGCGAAGUGGAGAUUCUUUUUUCCGGGGUACUAAGCCAAUUUGAAUUGGGGUGAUUUGGUAACAGUUAGAACCAUGCCGACGUAUAAGGUUGCAGGCAUAUCCGUGCAAUUUCCAUACGAUGCCUACGAUUGCCAGCUUGUGUACAUGGAGCGUGUCAUCUCUUCACUGCAGCAGGGACGGAAUGCUUUGCUGGAGAGUCCCACAGGGACGGGAAAAACGCUGUGUUUGCUGUGUGCGACUUUGGCAUGGCGUGAGAGCCUGAUACCUCUUCAACAAACGAGUCAAUCGUCUCAGCGGGUUACGAGCCAGUCAUCCCAGCGAGGUUUGAUGAGUCUCAGCCAAAACGAUUCUGAGGAGGCACUCCAGCCAAAGUUGCCCACAAUUGUGUAUUCUUCUCGUACUCAUAGUCAGCUACAGCAAGUGAUUCGGGAGCUUAAAGCCACGGUCUACAGGCCCAAAAUGGUGGUGCUGGGUUCGAGAGAGCAAAUGUGCAUUCAUCGUGAAGUUCAAAAUCUACGCGGAAGAGCUCAAAACCAUGCCUGUCGCUCACUAACUAAGGGACGAAAUUGCAAGCACUACAACGGUGUUGCUGACUAUGCGAAAAACCACCCUCAACUAGGAGAGGAGCCAAUAGAUAUUGAGGAUUUAGUGAAAAUUGGCAAAACUGAAGGCCCAUGUCCAUACUUUCUUUCACGUGAGCUUCACAACUCAGCGGACAUUCUCUUUGUGCCCUACAACUAUCUCAUCGAGAAAGAAAUGCGGCGGUCUCUAACUGGUGUCUCCUGGGGCAGGACGAUCCUCAUAUUUGACGAGGCACACAAUUUGGAAGGAAUUUGCGCUGAUGCAGCUUCAUUCGAUUUGCCUGCAGCCCAUUUGGCUACUUGCAUUGCCGAGGCAAGUUCCUGUGUAGAUUUAGCUCUAGCACGCAGGGGGAGUGACAAUGCAGCUGAUACUUCUAUAGAUCCCGACAAUUUUGCGGUUUUAAAAGCACUUUUGUUAGAGCUGGAGAAGAGGAUCAACGAGGUGCCUAUUGAAUCUGAGUUAGGAUUUACCCGCCCUGGUCCUUACAUUUAUGAAUUUUUGGCGGAGAUAAAAAUCACGUACGAAACUGUUUCUAUGCUAAUUGAUACUAUUGAUCAAGCCACUGCACUUCUCGAAGAUGAAGCGAAUGAGAGAACAGUAGGUGCGAAAUCAAAAGCAGGGGGGACUGGGACAAUGUAUCGUCUGUCAACUUUCCGGGAUGCCCUGCGCAUCAUCUUUAGGGAUAACAAUGUAUCACAUGCUGGUUCUUAUAAAGUUCACAUCCACGAGCAAAGUGGUAAAGAUGGGAACAAAGCUGCUGGAAGAGGAAAUAAGAAAGGGCGCAUGUUGAGCUGGUGGUGUUUUAAUCCUGGUUUAGCAAUGGAGGAGUUUUCGAAGAUGGGCGUGCGCUCUGUCAUACUGACUUCUGGAACAUUAGCUCCUUUGGAGUCCUUUGCUAUUGAAUUGAAUCUAGCGUUUGACGUCAGACUCGAAAACCCUCACGUCAUUGAUGCGAGUCAAGUGUGGGUUGGAGUUGUUUCUAAUGGUCCUUCUGGACGACCCUUAAAUUCUUCUUAUCGGAGUCGUGACUCCAUCGAAUAUAAGCUCGAGCUUGGAAAUACAAUUGUCAAUUUUGCACGCAUUGUGCCUGACGGUGUGCUUGUUUUCUUCCCAUCCUAUUAUCUCCUCAAUUCUUGCAUUGAAGCUUGGCAGACAGUGACCUCUGGACCAGCAGCUACAGUUUGGGAGCGUAUUUGUAGGAACAAGCAACCUGUUGUUGAGCCUAAGGAGUCGGCUCUUUUCAAUCAAGCUAACGAGGAUUUCGUGGCUAAAAUCAACGACCCUACCUCUACAGGGGCUAUUUUCUUUGCUGUUUGUCGAGGCAAGGUGAGCGAAGGACUUGAUUUCGCAGAUCGAUCAGGGCGGGCUGUCGUUGUGACCGGAAUACCUUUUGCUAUGAAGAUGGAUCCUAAGGUGAGGUUAAAAAGAGAGUUCCUUGACGAGCAGGCUCGUUCACGUAUCACAAAACACAAGGUUUUAACUGGGGAAGAGUGGUACGUCCAGCAAGCUUCCCGGGCAGUUAACCAGGCUGUGGGACGUGUGAUCCGUCAUCGCAAUGACUACGGAGCUAUCAUUCUUUGUGAUGAAAGGUUUGGUCAAUCAGGACCACAAAGUCAAAUGUCACUUUGGCUAAGGCCGUACAUUAAGACCUAUCAUAAAUUUGGAGAUGCAGCUUUCAGUCUGACACGGUUUUUUAAAGAUAGAGAUACUCUUGGUGGACCUUUGAAACCGUCUAGUGCAGUUGGUACCGCUACAGGUGGUCAUGAUUAUACACGGGUUGUUCAACAAAAAAAUUCUACUGUCAUCAACUUCGGUGCGGCCACUAACCCCCUUCGUUUCUUGCAGACUACUCCUGCUUUGAGCUUGCAAAGCUCCAAGGAUGGUGCUGCUCUGGAGAAAAGUGGUACUAGCAUUGGUGGGCUGAAGAACUCUAUGCCUGCAGGGUCUAUUUUUCUCCCACGUCAUCAUGAAGACACGGGGGCUUUAGCAUCUCGUGAAUCUUUGUCAGCGUUGCUAGCAGCCGAUCGAGUAUCAAAGAGCAGUCAGCCUCUGAAAGACGUGGCCAUCACUGCUGCGAAUUGUGCAGUUGGAAGCACUGCUGGAUUGGUCCAUUUGUCGGGCGGCUUUGCAGCUAGUAAAGGAGUUAUGGCUGGGCAGAGAAUUCUUGGUCCAAAUCCCAGUAGAAGGCUCAAUGAACUUCAAAGUGGACAAGCUUCAACUGAUCAUUCACGACCACCAGAAGCCUCUUCGAAACCAGAUGACAUUGCAACUUCAUAUCUGAAGGAUAUUGGCUCCUGCCCUUGUAUUGGUCCAAAAGCGAGCAAUCGAUGCAAGGAAGAAACGGAGGUCGCUGUCAUGGCAGAAGAUAUCAUACCCACUGAUCAAAAGGAAGGAACACGUAAGGAUGCGAUACCCAAGGAUGACAAGAAUAGAAGGGCUGCUAACUUCUUGAAGGAGGUUAAGGGGCGUCUUAGCUCUGGAGAGUACAAGGGAUUUCUGGAAUGCAUGCGAGGUCUGAAGAACCAGUCUAUCGACAUGAACAGGCUUCUACAGUCAGUUGGGAAUUACUUUUCUGCUCCGGAACGCUUGUAUCUAUUGCGAAGUUUUGGAGAGUUUGUACCAAGUAAGCACCGUGCUGCUUACGAGAAUCUACUGGCAGCCAAGCAUUCGGCUCGUGGAGUUCCACUAGAUAAUCUCGCGUGUCAGAAUUCCAGCAAGCAACCUGUUUUCGGUUUCCCUAGUAGAAGUCGGAAGCUUCCCCCAACUCUUUCACCCUCUGAGACGCGACCAUUGAAAGAGACUAGAACGACUUCCAAUACAGUUGCAAGUCGCGGAGUGCCAUGAGACAUGGCUUUGGCAACUUUCCAGUGUAUCAGCAUAAUAGUCACGCUUUUGUCCAACAUUCAUUGGAGCUUAUUCAUCUGUAGGUGGCAUGAAAAGAGGUGACACUUGUUUAGCAACCCCGUCCAGCUUCGAUGAAAGUUUGGCUUAGAUCUUCAAUUCAAUUGUUGAAGAAAUGCGUUCUUUAGGUCUCAUACUACGCCAUUGGUACAUCAUACCACUUUUCAUGGAGCUGGUUGUACUUGAUUUCAACACGCGUUCCCAGAGAUGAGAUUAUCAUAGCCCCUGGAAGAGAAGUUGACGUCGUGAGGACAGUUGAGGAGAACACAUCAUUUUCUUGAAGCGAUUAUGCAGUAAGGUACUGAAACAAACGAGCAUAAUAGGUGUAGUAGCUUGCACCAAUCAUGCUCUGUAGUGCAGUCGACGUUGAAACUGUAAUCAAGUUAAGAUUCUAUGGCAAGAAUAUUGAUCAAAAUUUGUAUACUCUCAGAUGUUUCCACAGUUAUAAAAGAUACUGUUUUUAUGAAAUCUGACACAAUUUCCAGUAAA